AUGGAAGACGAUAUUCCGCUAGUCCACCAGACAUGUCCCGAAAACACCGAGAGCUCUAUUGAUGACGCCCAUACCAAUAUCGACAGCACGUCGCAAAGCAAUCAAUAUCCAACUCCUGGGGUGGCCUUUUAUGCCAACAAUUCAUUAUUGGGGUACUAUAAUCGUCAUGACGCGGAUACUUUAAGGAACCCGACAGUCCCGUCACCUGCACCUGCGUCUACCACGUUUACCCGCAGGUUUUUCGAAGAUCGCCUGGAAUCACUUUAUGUGAAACUCGAAGAUCUUCUCGAAGCUGCUACGACGGAAAUUGUCCAACGCAACGCCCUAUCCCAGACUGAUCUAAUGUCCCAUUUAACUGGUUUGGCCAAUGAGAUUAGCACCAUAACGGUCACUAUUCGGGACCACGUCAUACCGUAUCAACAACGUAUAUUGGAAGAGAUUCGAGAGAUUCGCAACGACGGCCCCGAGCCGAAGCGGAGGAGGACGAAUGAUUCCAUAGCGUUGAGUACCUCAUUCCAGGGUACAGGUCUGCGCCUGAAUUUGGAGCAUCCACUAAGACGAAGGGGAGAUGAGGAUAGACAACCCCCAGGAUGGCUCCGCCCGGAAACAGGUCACGAAUCUACUGAGGGAACAGACGGUCUCACCUUAGGUAGAAGGAUAGCGAGUCGUAGAGGCAUGGGACAGGCAAGAGGAAAGCAGGCUGGAAAACGUACAUGGUUGCCCCGGUGA